AUGUCUGAUGCGAUAAUUGUGCGCAUUUCAGCAGGAGCGCCGUCGACGCCAGAAACACAACGAAUUGUUGCAGGCUAUUUUGCAGCAUGGCAAGGAAUUCAAGGAUUUCCACCGGAACACUUUGGUGAGGUGAAGCUAAGCAAAGUAAAGAAGGCAGUGCUAACAUACCAUGCAAACAGCGAAAGAGAGCGAAAAAAGGAUGAAUUGAGAAAUGAGCGAAUGCGUAUGCAGAAAUUGAUGCAGGAAGAUGAAGAAGGUUACAGGCAGUUGCUGGAUGAGAAAAAGGACAAACGCCUGGUGUUCCUGCUACAACAAACAGAUGAGUAUGUGGAAAGUUUGACAGGCCUUGUGAAACAGCACCAAGCAACCGAAAAACGCAGGAAACGUAAGGAGCGCCGCGAACAGAGAGCCAAAGAAAAGUUACAAGAAGGUAAUGAAUCGUCUGAGAUACGAUUGCACAUCCGGGACGUUGCUACGGGCGAAAUGUUGCCGGAGGAGGAGAUGCCAAAGCUUGAGGAUGUCGAUUCAUGGCUUGAAGCACAUCCAGGUUAUGAGGUAAAAAAUUGCUUCUUUGACUCUUAG